UGGGCGUCACAGAGGAGCUUUCUGAGGGGAAGGAGGUGCUAGAUGGAGCUGAUGGGAGAGAGAGUGAAGCCUGGAGAUUUCAAAGUGAUUCAUAGGAUCUGACGUGUGGUUCUAAGGCUCAUUGGCUGCCAUGUAUGGGACAGAUUGUCCAGUACUGGAGGGGAGCAAGAACACAGAAAGUGGAGACGGCUGUUGCAGUUCAGAGCCAUGAGCCACCAGAUCCUGCUCCUCCUGGCCAUGCUGACCCCGGGCCUGGCUAUCUCUCAGCGUCGAGACCAGGUGCCGUGUAGGACGGUGAACAAGAAGGCCUUGUGCCAGGGCCUUGGCCUGCGUCAGGUCCCCUCGGUGCUCUCAUUGGACAUCCAAGCUCUCUACUUGUCUGGGAACCAGUUACAGAGUGUCCCAGCCUCCCCCUUGGGCUUCUAUACGGCUCUUCGUCACCUGGAUUUAAGUGACAACGAGAUUAGCUUCCUCCAGCCCGGGGUCUUCCAGGCCCUGCCUCGCCUGGAGCACCUCAACCUGGCCUACAACCGGCUUGCCAUGGGCACGGCACUGAACAGCGGUGGUCUAGGUCGCCUGCCCCUUGUGGCCUCCCUGGACCUGUCUGGGAACAGCCUGUAUGGCAGCCUGGUGGAGCGGCUGCUGGGUGAAGCCCCCAGCCUGCGCACCCUCUCGCUGGCGGAGAACAGCCUCACUCGCCUGGCACGCCACACGUUCUGGGGCAUGCCGGCACUGGAGCAGCUGGACCUCCACAGCAAUGUCCUGAUGGACAUCGAGGAUGGCGCCUUCGAGGCCCUACCCCGCCUGGCCCACCUCAAUCUCUCCAGGAACUCUCUCACCUGCAUCUCGGACUUCAGCCUCCAGCAGCUGCGGGUACUUGACCUGAGCUGCAACAGCAUUGAGGCCUUCCAGACGGCCCCGGAACCCCAGGCCCAGUUCCAGCUGGCGUGGCUUGACCUACGGGAAAACAAGCUGCUCCAGUUCCCUGACCUGGCCGCAUUCCCAAAACUCGCCUACCUGAAUGUCUCCAACAACCUCAUCCAGCUCCCUGCGGGGCUGCCCCAGGACACUGAGGACCUCCAUGAGCCCUCGGAGAGCUGGUCAGCCUCCUCACUGUCCAACCCCAGCCGGAACGCCAGCACUCAUCCCCUCUCCCAGCUUCUGAACUUGGAUUUGAGUUACAAUGAGAUUGAGCUGGUCCCUGCCAGCUUUCUUGAGCAUCUGACCUCCCUGCGUUUCCUCAACCUCAGCCGAAACUGCCUGCGGUCCUUUGAGGCCCGGCGUGUGGGCUCCCUGCCCGGCCUGAUGCUUUUGGACUUGAGCUACAAUGUGUUGGAAGCGUUGAAACUGGGCAGCAAAGUCCUGGGGUCCCUACACACAUUGCUUCUGCAGGAAAAUGCCCUCCAAGAACUGCCACCCUACACCUUUGCCAGCCUGGCCAGCCUGCAGAGGCUCAACCUACGGGGAAACCAGCUGAGUCCCUGUGGGGGACACGCAGAGCCAGGUCCCCGGGGCUGUGUGGACUUCUCUGGGAUUCCCACCCUUCACGUUCUGAACAUGGCAGGGAACUCCAUGGAGAUGCUCCGGGCAGGCAGCUUCCUCCACACCCCGCUUACUGAGCUGGACCUCUCUGGCAACCCUGGUCUGGAUGUGGCCACGGGAGCCCUGGUGGGCCUGGAGGCAUCCUUGGAGGUACUGGAGCUUCAAGGCAACGGGCUGGUUGUCUUGAAGGUAGAUUUGCCCUGCUUCCGCCAUCUCAAGCGCCUUAACCUCGCCGAGAACCGCCUGAGCCACCUGCCUGCUUGGACACACGCCGUGUCCCUGGAGGUGCUGGAUCUGCGGAACAACAGCUUCCGCCUCCUGCCCGGCGAUGCCAUGGGCGGUUUGGAGACCAGCCUCCGGCGCCUGUACCUGCAGGGAAACCCACUCAGCUGCUGCGGCAAUGGCUGGCUAGCAGCCCAGUUGCACCAGGGCCGAGUGGACGUGGACAGUACUCGGGACCUAAGCUGCCACCUCAGCUCCCAGGAGGAGCUGUCCCUGAGCCUCGUGCGGCCAGAGGACUGUGAGAAGGGAGGGCUCGAGAAUGUCAACCUCAUCAUCAUCCUCACCUUCACACUGGCCUCUGCCGUCAUCCUCACCACACUAGCCACCUGCUGCUUCCUUCGUAGGCAGAAGUUCGGCCAGCAAUACAAAGCCUGACAGGGUGGGGGAGCCUCUUCCCACUCCGAGUGGAAGCCAAGGGGGCAGAGAAGUUGGGGUCCCAACUCAGGUUACACAGUGACCAGGGCCCCCUGCAUCCUACCCCACAGACAGGAAGCUGCUUUCUGGGCUGCAGAUGUGGUCCAGCUGUGGAGCCCAAAGUGGGGCAGUUCUGAACAGAGGCCACCAACAGAUCUCUGAGCAUCUGUGUCAGGCACAUCCUCCUCCAGGUCUUAGUAAAUGAAACACGUGCCUAUCCUAUUCUCUAGCAGGGGAGGCUGUCACAGAACCACACAGUGGGGAGGCAGGAGACACCCCCCCCCCAGACCCUGCAUCCCCAGCUGGUCAGGGAGAACCCAUCCUGGCUGGCUGUGUUUAGGCAAGGGAGAGCCACACUCAUGAGAGGAUUUGUCUGAGCCAUUUCCACCCAGAGCUCUGUUGCAUCUGCUGAUAAUGACUUCCGGCCUCUUUGGAAAUGAAAAGCAUGUGACCUGAAAAGAGAGCCAGAACCUUCGCAGAGGUUUUGAAUCUAGGCUCCUGGGGCUGCAGGAUCCCGGGGCUGCAGCUGCUCCCGCUUGAAGUGUGUACACUUAGGCUUCCCCCCCGGGCGCAGGCCGCUCCGUGUCCUGCCACGGACGGGCCCUUUCCCUCGGUGCCCUUCCUUCUGCACACUGACCCCAGUGCUGCCUGGAUUCCCAGCCCCCUGCUCAGGCCUCCUUCCAUCCCAGCCCCACCCUGACUUUUGAGCCAAGAGGGAGAACCUCUGCUAUCUGGUUCUGGUUUGCACUCAGCUCAGCAGCUGCAGAAGCAAGUCCAAGCCAACUCUCAGAGGUUUCUAUGUUAUCUGGGUUCCUUACUUCCCCUCUGAGAGCCCCACAGUGGAGAGAGAUGCCAAAACCAAAAAUGAAUCAGACCCAUGUCCUCCCACCUCCCUCCUCUCAGACAGGCGCCCACAGAACUUCUACUCUGCUGCUGCCCUUCAUUUAUUUACAGACUCGGAGGAAUUUUCCCUUUCUCUUCUUGCUUCCACAGUCUCAUUCCUGGAGUUUGAGACCAUUGAGUGAAAUCUCCCCGUUGAGCAGAUAGGAAAACUGAGGGUUAGGGCCUUGUUCAGAAUCACAGAAGCCAAUGGCAGAAGCUGGGGGGGGGGGAACAGCUGGCCUGUUGCACAGUGGUAGGGUGUUUGCCUUGCGUGCUCAAGGCUCUGAGCUGGAUGCCUAGCAUCUUCCCCUGUGUGUUUUCCUACUCCCAGAAGUCACAGCACGAGGCAAGGCCAGCUACAGUGCCUAUCCUCACCAAGAAUGGAAAUAAGGAAAGACUCUCAGACUCCCCACUCAUUCUCCAGACCCGUGGGCUGCUGGGAGGAAAGAGAGCACUGAGCCUAGUCACAGAGCCUGCUUGCCAGCUCUCCUAUGCUCAGCCCAUCUGCCUGGGCACUUGGUAGUAUAGAAGAUGAAAACACCACUCUCUCUGCCCCAUUUCACAGGCAAUGAAACUGAGGCCCAGAGACAGUUAAAGGCUCAGAGAAUCAAUGGCAAAUCCAGGGCUGCAGCCCUCUCUGGGGCAGCUUGUGGGGACUCGGUGCUACUGCACACAGCACUCUCUCUCGGCCUGGAGGCCGAGUCAUGGCCCCUGUGCCUGAGCUCUGAAACACUAUAUCAUGCUGCUGCCACCUCCCAGGACUGGCCACCACCAGCCCCUGGGGCCAGCCCUUUGUAUAACUCACAUGAAUGUAUUAAAGUAUAAUUUUGGAGAA